UUCUCUAAACAAUGAAAUUCAUGAUGAGAUUGCGGCGAGUUUAUUGACAUGAUGGUAGCGCAAAGUCUGUGUGAACUAAAUGUACACUAAGGAAAGGUCUCAAUUAAUUUGUCACCGAUGGCUCAAAACGUGCCUAAUUUCAGCGCGAUUUAUCAAAGUGGAGUUGUAGUACUACGGAGUGGUUAACUCACUGCAGAGAAGUCCGACAUCUAAGCUAACCCGUCGAUUCCUAAUCUAGGAGGCUAUAGACAAGAAAAAUCCAUGGCCACUUCUAAACCAACAUGGCCAGUACCAGAUACAUCACAGACCCGGACAAAGUUGAACGGACAACCGAAAUAUGGCAAGCCAGCGCCGCAAACGAAAAGGCCAAAGAAGCCUCCAAUUGCUGUUCGCCCGAAGAGAGCUGUGUUUUGCCUAACAUUGGGCAACCCUAUACGAAGUGCUGCUAUAAGUCUAGUAGAAUGGAAGCCGUUCGAUGUUAUGAUAUUGAUAACUAUUUUUGCUAAUUGUGCGGCACUGGCUGCUUAUCAACCGCUUCCAGAACAAGACAGCAGUUCGGUCAACGAGGAAUUAGAAGUUGCAGAAUAUGUAUUUUUAGCAGUUUUUACCCUGGAAGCUCUUCUUAAAAUAAUAGCUUAUGGCUUUGUGAUGCACCCUGGAGCCUACCUUAGGAAUGGAUGGAAUAUUUUAGAUUUUGUGAUUGUUGUAGUUGGACUUGCAACUAUUUUAGUCAAGGCSUUAAAUUUAGAAAGCUUUGACGUGAAGGCUCUUAGAGCGUUCCGAGUUCUCAGACCUCUACGUUUGGUGUCUGGUGUACCUAGUUUACAAGUUGUGCUAAAUUCUAUUAUCAAAGCCCUUAUACCACUGUUUCAUAUCGCACUGCUCGUGGUUUUUGUAGUUAUAAUAUAUGCAAUUAUUGGAGUAGAAUUAUUUAUGGGCAAGCUGCAUAAGACUUGCUACGACAACGUAACAGGGCAAAUGGCAUUUGACGAGGCGCACCCAUGUAGCACAGAUGGCGAGGGUUAUGCCUGCUCUGCAGCAGAUGGACAAGUCUGUCUUGCUAAAUGGGAUGGCCCUAACUUUGGUAUUACAAAUUUUGAUAACAUUGGUCUAGCAUGUCUAACAGUAUUUCAGUGCAUAACACUGGAAGGAUGGACAGACGUUAUGUAUAGUAUAAAUGAUGCCGUUGGUAAUUCCUGGCCAUGGCUUUACUUUGUUACUCUUAUUAUAUGGGGAUCAUUUUUCGUCCUCAAUCUAAUUCUUGGUGUUCUUAGUGGUGAAUUUGCCAAAGAGAAAUCUAGAGCUCAGAAAAGCGGAGAAUUUCAAAAGCUUCGUGAAAAACAGCUCAUCGAYGAUGCGUAUCAUGGCUAUUUGGAGUGGAUUGCACAAGCUGAGGACAUCGAAGAUGAAGAGGGUGCUGACCAGGACCAAGAAGGAGUUCCUGGCCGAAAACUAUCUACGAAACGUCGUAAGGAAGACGGCGAAUUAGCAGAGAAUGAAGAAAAUGUAGAAAGCUCGACGGCGUUAGAUCAAGGUGGAGGAUGGCUAGAACACAAAAAGAAAGUAAUAAAGAGACUUCAUCACCGGUUACGACGGUUCCUCCGCAAAGCAGUGAAAACACAAGCCUUUUAUUGGACAGUUAUUGUAGUAGUAUUUUUGAAUUCGUUAACGCUCGCCUUGGAGCACUAUAAUCAACCUGAAUUUCUUACCCAAUUUUUAGAUAAAGCAAAUAAAUUAUUCUUAGCUCUAUUUACACUUGAGAUGUUGGUUAAGAUGUAUUGUCUGGGAUUUCACGUCUACUUUGCUUCAUUAUUCAAUAGAUUUGAUUGUUUGGUUGUUGUAAGUAGUCUAUUAGAGUUGGCAUUAACAGAAGCGCUGGACCAACGUCCUAUUGGUAUCAGUGUUCUGCGAUGUGUUCGUCUUCUUAGAAUAUUUAAAGUCACAAGAUAUUGGAGUUCGUUAAGUAACUUAGUAGCGUCACUUCUAAAUAGUAUGCGGUCCAUUGCUGGACUGUUGCUGCUUCUAUCGCUUUUUAUGCUGAUCUUUUCUUUACUUGGAAUGCAAAUAUUUGGUGGAAAAUUUAAUAUAGACGAUACUGAAGUCCCUAGAAGUAAUUUUGACUCUUUUUGGCGAGCUAUAGUUACAGUCUUCCAAAUCCUAACAGGAGAGGACUGGAAUGCAAUAAUGUAUAUUGGAAUACUAUCCUGGGGUGGAAUCACCGAUUCUUCAUCUGUUAUACCUAUUUUAUAUUUUAUAUUUCUUGUGAUUGUUGGAAAUUAUAUUUUACUAAACGUAUUCUUGGCCAUCGCCGUGGAUAACUUAGCUGAUGCAGAAAGCUUAACAGAAAUGGAAAAUGAAAAGAAGAAGAAAGAAGAGGAAAAGAAGGAACUAGAGAGUUCGAGAAGUAGUCUGUCUGAGUCACCAACUAAAGGAGCGUUAUCGAAGGCAUCUCAAGAGCUCCACUCAAACGGGAAUGGCAUCCCAAGGGCAAUAUCUGAGGGUGAUGUCGAAUCUCAGUCUCACGAAAAAGGAUCUAAGAUCACAUUAGACAGAUCAACGCACUCUGUAAGAAGUACGACAUCAACAGAUGAGAACCUGGAUCGUGAACCCAUGCCUCUAGAAAGCUCUAUGUUCAUAUUCUCCAGUACAAACUGUUUUCGUAUACUGUGUCAUAAGUUUGUUACCAACAUCUACUUCGUGAAUUUCAUCUUGAUAUUAAUCAUCGUUAGUAGCGCUUUACUUGCUGCUGAGGACCCUCUUAAUGCCAACUCUAAGCGAAAUCAAAUAUUAAAUUAUUUUGACUACUUUUUUACAACGGCAUUCACAAUUGAAAUAACUGUUAAGUAUGAAAUACUGCUCCACAGAUUUAAUAUAGACGAUACUGAAGUCCCUAGAAGUAAUUUUGACUCUUUUUGGCGAGCUAUAGUUACAGUCUUCCAAAUCCUAACAGGAGAGGACUGGAAUGCAAUAAUGUAUAUUGGAAUACUAUCCUGGGGUGGAAUCACCGAUUCUUCAUCUGUUAUACCUAUUUUAUAUUUUAUAUUUCUUGUGAUUGUUGGAAAUUAUAUUUUACUAAACGUAUUCUUGGCCAUCGCCGUGGAUAACUUAGCUGAUGCAGAAAGCUUAACAGAAAUGGAAAAUGAAAAGAAGAAGAAAGAAGAGGAAAAGAAGGAACUAGAGAGUUCGAGAAGUAGUCUGUCUGAGUCACCAACUAAAGGAGCGUUAUCGAAGGCAUCUCAAGAGCUCCACUCAAACGGGAAUGGCAUCCCAAGGGCAAUAUCUGAGGGUGAUGUCGAAUCUCAGUCUCACGAAAAAGGAUCUAAGAUCACAUUAGACAGAUCAACGCACUCUGUAAGAAGUACGACAUCAACAGAUGAGAACCUGGAUCGUGAACCCAUGCCUCUAGAAAGCUCUAUGUUCAUAUUCUCCAGUACAAACUGUUUUCGUAUACUGUGUCAUAAGUUUGUUACCAACAUCUACUUCGUGAAUUUCAUCUUGAUAUUAAUCAUCGUUAGUAGCGCUUUACUUGCUGCUGAGGACCCUCUUAAUGCCAACUCUAAGCGAAAUCAAAUAUUAAAUUAUUUUGACUACUUUUUUACAACGGCAUUCACAAUUGAAAUAACUGUUAAGAUCAUCGCGUAUGGUGUGUUUCUACAUAAAGGAUCUUUUUGUCGUAGCGCAUUCAAUCUUCUCGAUGCCCUAGUUGUAGCUGUUUCUAUUAUUUCCAUUGCUUUGAGAGGUUCAAAGUCAUCACAGAUCUCCACCGUCAGAAUUCUCAGGGUKCUAAGGGUUUUGCGUCCUUUAAGAGCCAUUAACAGAGCUAAAGGCCUGAAGCAUGUAGUCCAGUGUGUGUUUGUAGCUGUCAAGACUAUUGGCAAUAUCAUGAUUGUUACAGUUCUCUUCAACUUCCUAUUUGCUGUCAUAGGUGUCCAGCUCUUCAAGGGAACGUUUUUCCAUUGUACCGAUGGUGGUAAGAUUACCCAAGARGAAUGYCAAGGGCAGUACCUCGAGUUCAAAGGACCUGGACUCAGCAAUCCUGUGACCCAACAAAGAGAAUGGAAGCAUCGUGAUUUCAACUUUGACAAUGUUCUAAAUGCAAUGCUGACGCUAUUCACAGUAAUGACAUUUGAGGGAUGGCCAGGGAUUCUAGAAAAUUCGAUGGAUUCAACAGAUGUUGACCAAGGUCCGUUUCUAAACAACCGUCCAUGGGUCGCUGUGUAUUAUGUCAUCUACAUCAUCAUCAUCGCCUUCUUCAUGGUUAAUAUAUUCGUUGGCUUUGUCAUCGUUACGUUCCAGAACGAGGGUGAAGCAGAGUAUGAAGACUGUGAGUUGGACAAAAAUCAGGGAACGUUUUUCCAUUGUACCGAUGGUGGUAAGAUUACCCAAGARGAAUGYCAAGGGCAGUACCUCGAGUUCAAAGGACCUGGACUCAGCAAUCCUGUGACCCAACAAAGAGAAUGGAAGCAUCGUGAUUUCAACUUUGACAAUGUUCUAAAUGCAAUGCUGACGCUAUUCACAGUAAUGACAUUUGAGGGAUGGCCAGGGAUUCUAGAAAAUUCGAUGGAUUCAACAGAUGUUGACCAAGGUCCGUUUCUAAACAACCGUCCAUGGGUCGCUGUGUAUUAUGUCAUCUACAUCAUCAUCAUCGCCUUCUUCAUGGUUAAUAUAUUCGUUGGCUUUGUCAUCGUUACGUUCCAGAACGAGGGUGAAGCAGAGUAUGAAGACUGUGAGUUGGACAAAAAUCAGCAUAAGCGGUUCUGGGAAAGUCUGAAAAAUGCCGUGACACCCUCACCACGACAUAGUAGACCCAACAGUUUUCGUCGUCCUGGUUCAGUUCGUCUUUCAGCGUUCAUCAAAAAGAGUAACAACAAUACCCCGGAGACUACAAGAAAGAUAUCUUUGCCGGCAACACUGAGUGUUCAAAAGGCGCCACGUGAGAGACAAGUACUGGUGCCUCUCCAUAGUGAUGACAGUGACUCAGAAGAUAAGCGAUUAUUCGUUCCAGAACAUCAACCUCUAAAAGGUGCAAGAAGUUUUCCUUUGACUGUAACCGCAAAUGGAAACGUAAAUACAGACACUUCGCUCGAAACUCGCGAGCGUAGCAAAAGCGAGAUACUAUCUCCUCGAACUCCUUCUCAAGAACUACAGCAAGACAAUCUUAACAGGGAAAAGUCUUCCAGUGCUUAUGAAGCUGUAGGGAGAGCGUUAGUCGAGGAGGGACUGGACGAUGAUGAUACUAUGGUCCGUGUUGUAGAGCAGGAAAUUGCUGAGGCUUUUGAUGUUUCGACCGAACGGUUAAACGAAGCUGCUGAAAGACUUUUAAACGAGCUUGAGGCAACUUUAAGUUCGGACGAAGAAGGAGAAAAGGCAGAUUCAGAAACUUCGGUGUUGAAGAGUGACGACGAUUCGGAUAGUGACARACCGUCUCAUUUUUGGAGAGAAGGUCUAAAAAGUAUGCCAGAUAAUUGUAUUGUUAUAACAGACCUUUGAUCUUAGUCGAAUUCUUGGAAGCUUUAUUGGAACUUGUCUUCUUCGUGAAUUUAACGAAAAUGAUAUUGGUUUGGUAAUGGUUUUAUACUAGAUUGGAACACAGUUUUAUAGAAUGGAUGUAUAUGUUUAUUACGAACAUUUGAUUGUUCGACAAACCUCUUGGUCCGACUACGAUUCGUUGGUUCCAAUUACAAAUGCGCUUGUGAACGACAUAUAGCCGUGCAAUGUGCAAUAUCAGUUGGAUCCAAGCUCAGCAAAGGGAGAUCGCUAACGUUUCGGAGCCUCAAAAUUCAGGCAAGACUUCAUCUUGGAUCGGUAAAGGAUUCAAUGGAAAUAAUUUGAAAAUAUUUGGUAGGACAAAGGCAUGGGUUUUAUUUGCCAUUAUAGUACAGCAUAUUUUAUAACAAUUGAUGGCAACUUCGCUAUUGAUAAUAGCAUCAAUUGUUUAUUUAUUUUGGCUUCAUAGUAAUAUAUAAUCACGCCACUUUAUAUUUUUUUUAUUGUGCCCAUUUUUAUUAAUAGAAUUCGUUUAAAUUUUGUCCGAAGUAUGAAUAAGAGCAACAGUUUUAUAAAACUCCGUUGGUCACAUAACGUUAACUGACAACCAUAGUAAAGAGAAACUACUUUUCUUUUUGUCUUGAGUUGUUUUAAGUUAUUUUUGUUUUGCUUUUUGAAAAAAAAUUCUAAGAAUUUUUUUGAUUGAUUUAUUGGUCGGUGGUUGUUGUUAUUUUUGGUUGUUGGUAUUAGUCUUAGUGUUUUCUGUGCUUGCGUGUUUGUUUGUUUGUGCGAUCUUCUGUAUAAUUUAAUCAAAGGUCUUUCUUAUCUAUGGAAAUCGGUCGUCAGUGAUCAUGUAGCUAUGUUUGGUCAUGCUGUUGUUUUAUUCAUCAUUAUCGAGAAAGAAAUCUUUGCACAUUACACUGCUUUCAAAGUAGAAUACGUAAAUAAUAUCUAGUGUUGUAGUUUUGUAGAACAUAGAUUUAAUAGAGAAAUAGAAUUUAGUAAUUUAAUAGUCUAAUGUAUAUCAACAGCAAUAUUUUGCAUUCAUAAUAUCGCGAAGCCCAUUCAAAGGGACACAUUUUAAUAUCCAAAAAUGAAUUAAAUUUUUCAGCAAUUAAUACAAUUUUAUAACAAAUUUGAAAAAAGCAUUUAGCUUCAUAAAAAAAAAGAAUUGUCAAUAUUUCAAAAUUCAAUUUAUUACUUUUUGCUAUGAAACAAUUUGUAAGGUCAUCAAGAUGAUAUAUGGUAUAUUAUCACUAAAUUGACCAAAAUAGAAAAGCUUAAAUUUUACACCUUUUUAAAAAUAUUUGUUGUCCCAAAUCUACGCAGUAAGACYCAAAGGAAUCGUGGGAGGUGUUARCGUUAAGGCAUUUGCCAGUCCAGUAAUAAUAAUGGCAUGRAUUUUCUCAGAUGUUUAAUCAGACUUAAAUAAUCUAUUUAAGGAACGCACGAUGAAUUGACACUUCCCAGAUCACCUUAGGAGAUUAUUGCUGUGCUUAACUUUUUUGACGACAAUGUUUUUGAAAUCGGUGUAAACCGCUAUAUAUUGUACAUUACGAACGAUUAAUUAUUUUAAUUGGUUCAUCCAGUAAAGUCAACUUUAUUAUAGCUCAUCAAGACUCAAUCUAAAUUAUUACAGAACCAUUAUUUAAUACUUGUUUCUUGAAGUGGACGGUUUUAUAUUUGAUAAACCUUUUUCAACCAGUGCUUGAACGCUUAAAGAGUCGUUUUUAUUCGUCCGUUCCAUGAAAAUAACUAUUUAGACACUGUUUACAUGAGAUAGGGUGCCCUUACGUGGUAGGGCCAACUCUUUUGCUUUCUUUUCCCUGGAGAAUUUAAAACAAAGGAGUUUGGCCCUACCCCUAUGGGCACCCUAUCUCAUGUAAACGGAGUCUUAGUUGGUAUUUGUUUGUAAAGAGCAAAAGAAAAUAAUAGAUUCAGAGUGUGAAACUAUGCUCUUCUAUAGGCCUUUCCCGAAUUUGGAUGAUUUUUGUGUGUGAUUUUUUUUAGUUGAGUCAGCUGGAAAUCGAAUAUAAAGCAGUCUUCACUUAUAAUGUAAAUAAAAGGCUUCUAGCUGUCUAAGCACCACACCACAUUGAUCCUGCUGAGCUCCUUAUAAGGUUGAUUAUACUGGCGUAAAACCUCCAUUGUAUCAUAAAAAAUCACAUGUAUUUGACUWGUCGUCARAAMGUGACUACUUGGCUCAAACAACCCAAUUUGAUGAUAAAGAUAUUCACAUUGAAAUUGUAUUUAGUAGUAGCUAGUUUAUUUAUCUUUUGAGUUUCAGCCAAGCAGUCACCACUAUAGCGACCAUACGACCGAAAUGUGUCUUCAUGUAAGAUAUUGCGGUCGUGUUGGCGCAUUUGAUGUAGAAAACAUUCCGCAAAAUCUCAUCGGUUUGGGCGCAAUAUUUCAUUUUGAUUCCUAUGAAAAAGUUAUGUAUAGCUUACAGUGAAAAAUGCUGUCGGCUUACAUCAAAUCAAAGCUAUUUUUAAAGGAAAUUUUAGGUAGUUAGAAAUUUGAUUUCAACAGUGGUCGUUUGUACAGAGGGUGUACAGCCCAGUCCUCGGAAUAGACAUUAUCCAUUGGGUUGUAGAGUGAUUGUCAUUAACCCGUGAAACAAGAGUCAUCAGUGUGAAAUAAUAAGGGAUAAAGUAGCAAAAGCAAAACAAAAGGUGCAGAAUAGCGAUUUGUGUAUUUCAUAGUGUAUUCUACGGGUUAAGGAAGAAUUUUAUUGGACGAUCAAUUGGAUCAACUCUUCCUGUACAACCGGCCAAGAUGUCUGCAUUAAAAUUUCUUGUAGAGAAGGGAUGAUCAUUUAUUGAAGAUCGUGAGCCGGAAUCGAAUCACAGUUAAAAGCAUCUAUCUUUAUUAUUGGCAUUUCCUUUCUCCCCUUUGGUCGUAAAUCCAAUCGUUUAUCCUGUUUUGAGACGACAACGUUGUCCAAUUGGUUAUACAAGCUCGUAUCUUUAAAGAUGAACCUUUUGAUGAAUGAUACUCUUUCUAACUCAAUGACAUGUAAUUUGAGACAAUAUUGCGCCUAAACCGAGGUUUAUGCACCAUAACACUUCUUUUCUAUUGAAACGAUUGGUUUAGAUAAAAACAACAAGCCAGAGAAAACAAAAAAAAAUAACCCUAGAUAUUAUUUCAAAUUUAGGAACUACCGGGGGCUUUAGAUUACGCUUUGAGUCCAUUAUUUUUUUGGUUGUAAAGUAUUUGGGAAUACAGUUUCCAAAUGCUAGAUAUUUUUAUAUUAAUUUAAACAUUAUGAAAUACUUGUAGAAUUUGAAGAUUAGUCCUGGUCAUUUAUAUUAAGAAGACUCCAUCAGUUUAUGAAAAAACCUUACACGGAUAAACUAAUGCAUUUUAUCGAGGCAAAAACAAUCCUUUCCAUCGCCUAAAGAAAUUUUUUGAAGUGCAUUAAAAAUAUGCUCUUUUCAGACAAAUUGUUUUUACUUUAAGAGUACACAAUUGCAGGAGGUUUGCAGUUAUUUGAGCCACUUUAGGAAACCAUUAAUAAUAAUAAUUACUCGCUGCACAGUUAAUAUAUAUACAUAUAUGAGUGCCCUCUCCAUAACCAAUGCCCAUUUCCCAGGUCUACUUGCGGUCGUUUUGUGUACUCUUUCCGUAACAACACCGUUUGAAAUGAGCCGUCUUCUUAAUUUUACCCAGUAAAUCAAGCAAUUUUCAAUCCAGGGAAGUAUUUUUGUAGGCAUUUUAUUUAUUUCUGAACUGAAAUCCCUAGGCAUAGUUCUUUUGAUCGAACCGUUUCGUAAGUAUGGCUGUACAAACUAUUUUAUACAUAUAGCCAGACUGGUUUAGUGUAUUGCCUUUUAAAGGCUUUGUAGAGAAGUCUGCUUGAAAUUUAACACUGAGAGGGAAAGAAAUAAAACUAUUUUGUACAAACUA